CUGCCCGCAGACUCUCACUUGAUCGCUGUUGGAAUGGAAGGGGGACGGAGGAGGCAGUGCCGUCUCUCUCUUCCCAGGGUGCGCCAUAUCAGUGCAUUGGGACAGAUACGACUCGGGGAUUCGCGGCUGUUUUCGGACUUUUCCUCAGAGGACCGGCAUCCCAUCUUCUUUGGAAACGAGGUUGCGGGACGGCUAAAUCUAUGGUCGGAAAGCAUCUUUCGUUUUACCAGACUCACAGGAAAUAACGGGUGUGUUUUAUACCUUGGAAAGGAUGUAAAGCAGUGAUGACUGGUGGACUGAACUGAGGACAAAACUAUGAUCAGUGAACUCCUUAUUGUGGAGCAUCCUGUGUCCGUCUGCGUCCCUCCACAGUACACGACCACACUCAGUGUCCGCGCUGUGGGACCAGGAACCUUGCAGUACCAGUGGUUCCAGUCAGACCAGAGCGAGGUCCCGGGAGCCACUUCAGCGGACUUUGUAGUCCAGGCUCGAGGGAGCCAGCAGUAUGCGUGCCGAGUGAACAAUCAGCAGAACUGUGUGUUCAGCCGAUGGGUCAAAGUGAAAGUCGUGGAAGGCAGAACGCUUAGUCUCCCUGGGGGAUGGAGCGGAGAGCCCCAUGUCGCCGAGAACCCAAAGCCUCAGAGGGUCUCUGUGGGGGGAACUACCAGGCUUUGCUGCAGGGCCUUCGGGGUUCCUGCCCCGUGCUACCAGUGGUACAGAAAUGGAAACGUCCUACAGGGGCAGACAAGGGGCAUCUUGAAGAUCGAGGACGUGAACAGAGGGAGCGAAGGCUCGUACCUGUGCGCCGUCUCUAAUGACCUGGGGGAGCAGUGGACAGAACCGGUGGACGUCUCCAUAGCACUUCCUGGAAAACCCACAGCAAAGACUCUCUCUGCCACAGACAAAGUGGCUCUGCUAAUCGGCAACCUGAACUACUCGCACGUGCCCCCACUGCUGGCCCCCAUGCUGGAUGUGUACCAGCUGUACAGCCACCUCCAGCAGCUGGGCUUCAGAGUGGUUUCCCUGCUGGAUCUCUCCAAGGCCGAGAUGCUGGCCGCCAUCGGCAGGUUCCUGCAACUGCUCAGCCACGGCGCGUACGCGCUCUUCUACUAUGCGGGACACGGGUAUGAGUGUUCGGGGAGGAACUACCUGGUGCCCACCGAUGCACCGCGACCGUACCGACCCGAGGACUGCGUCAGCAUGCAACGGGUGAUGCACGGCAUGCAGGAGAGACACACAGCGCUCAAUGUCAUCCUUCUGGACACCUGCCGCAAGUGGUUCAACCUGCACUGUGUACCUUCCCUGAUCCGUUCUCUGGCUCCUCUGGGAAACACGGUUUACGGUUAUGCCACGUGCGAGGACGCAGAAGCUUUCGAGGUGCAGGAUGGAGAAAGGAGCUCCAGCAUCUUCACCAAGUACCUCAACCGGCACAUCCUGCGGGCAGAGAAGGUCACGCGCGUGCUGGAGCUGGUGUCUGAAGAUAUUGGUAGGGAUCCGCUGGUGGCGGGGAAGCAGGUGAUGGAGAUUAGACACACCCUGAAGGACCCGCGUGCUCUCACAGAUCCGAUUCGGACCUCAGGACACACCCAGGAGCUCCAGAUCAGGGACCUGUGCUGGAUGCUGGCCAACGAGUUGCCACGGUGCCAGUUGCUAACGUUUGCAUGCGGCGUCACGGUUCAGCUGAGCUUCUCCGCUCUCUUCUCCAACGUGGUUGUCGUCUUCGCCAAGGUGAAGGCCGUAGGCCCUGGAACUGUGGACUGCGCCAUCCGCUUGAAGACGUCGCCUAUAACGGGAGACAUUUUCCCCAAACGACUUGAUUCUGACUCUUUAGACAGAAUGGGCUCCUUGCGGUUUGGCAGUAAUGACAGACCAGCCUGCAGUCUCAGGCUCUGUGGCCUGCAGAAACUUGAGGAACCCUUAGUGAUUACGGUGGAUCUGCAUUACACAGACACUCAGCAGAGAUUAAGUCUGUCUGAGAGUCUGAAGCUGGAUGUCGGCCUGCCCCUGGUGGCCCUCUGGGAGCAGGGCCGCCUCAAGAAGAAGGCAGAGGAGACCAGCAGGCGGCAAGACGCUCCUCACCACUGUCUGGAGCAGGACGCCCCACCUAGACAGCCGUCCAACCCGCCUGCCGUACACUGGGAUCAUCCCUCCACCCAGGUGUCACUGAAGACCUGCAAAGGUGUGGCCAGACAUCACCUCGGACAUUUGACGGACAAGCACAACGAGCCAGAAGAGGUUGACGAGAAUGACUGUUUGGAACGUUUUGGGAAAACAUGUGCGUGAUGAGGGCAAAACCACAGCGGUGUAUAUUCUGCACUACAAACAUCCCAGACGCAGGUGCUCUGUUAAGUUCUCAUUGGGAACAAUUUGUAACAUAAAUACGGUGUUGGGGAAGUGACACACAAAAGUAGCCCAUUACAGACAGAGGUGGAAAGUUCAAGUCUAGAAAGUACAAAUCCAGACCAGGAUUUUGUUUCAACCAACCAGUUCAGUAUAAAGAGUCACAGUCACAGAGACUCAACUGGUUGGUUGAAACAAAAUCCUGGUCUGGAUGUUUACUUUCUGGACCUGAAAUUUCCACCUCUGUCUGUAAUGGAUUGAUGUUGUAUAGAUGUGGUGUAUUAGCACCACUAGCAUUACCUCUACUUAACAUGAUCUUUGUGCGAAUGAGCUCACUCUGAAGGUACUUCACAUGCCGCUGAUCUGUUGCUGUCGGUGCAUUGAUGGUCUGACACAUAUUUCCAUGUUUUAAAUCAAUUUUUUGCAAAAUAUUUCAUAAACCGUUUGAUUCCUUUUAUCUUUUGAAUGACUUCAUUAAAGUUUAAAAUAAGCCAUGAA